CAGGCUCGCGCCUAUCUCGGCCCCCGCUCCAGUCAGUUUCGGGCUGGUUGGCGCGGAAUCGAGCGGCUUCGGGACCAUGGCGCCCGUGCACGGGGACGACUCCGACCUGGGGGCGAGCGCUGUGUCAGAUUCAGGGAGUUUGGUAGCUUCUCGAGUGCGGCGAGAAAAAAAGUCAAAAAAAGGGCGCCAGGAAGCUUUGGAAAGAUUGAAAAAGGUCAAGGCCGGCGAGAAGUAUAAAUAUGAAGUUGAGGACUUCACAAGCGUUUAUGAAGAAGUUGAUGAAGAACAGUAUUCGAAACUGGUUCAAGCACGCCAGGAUGAUGACUGGAUUGUGGAUGAUGAUGGCGUUGGUUAUGUGGAAGAUGGCCGGGAGAUUUUUGAUGAUGACCUUGAAGAUGAUGUCCUUGAUGCUGGUGAGAAAGGAAAGGAUGCUAAAACAAACAACAGAGGCAAGCGGAAUGUGAAGAAGCCCGCCGUGACAAAGCCCAACAGUAUCAAGAGCAUGUUUGUUGCUGGCGCUGCAAAGAAAACUGCAGAUAAAACCGUAGACUUGUCCAAAGAUGAUCUGCUAGGGGACAUUCUACAGGAUCUGAACACUGAGACGCCUCAGAUAAUUCCACCACCUGUGAUAAUACCGAAGAAGAAAAGAUCCCUUGGAGCGUCACUGAAUCCGUUCUCAGCGCAUGUCCCCAAGGCAGUUCCUUCAGGAAAAACUGCUGCCCCUAUCUUGCGGAAGGCACCUCCAUUAACUCCUGUUUCUCUCACAUGUGUCGAGUUUGCUGGAGACAUGCAGGUAGUGCGUAGAGAAGAUGAGCAGGAGCUGGGGGCGAUGGAGUUUGAAGAUGGAGACUUUGAUGAGCCCAUGGAGUCUGAGGAGGUGGACGAAGAGCCUGUGGCUGCCCAGACAAGGAUCCAAGAGAGUGAGCCCACAGAGGGCGUGAAACAUGAGGCAGAUCCUGGGAAAGGGACCACAUCUUACUUAGGAAAUUUGCUGCCAGAUGUCUCCUGUUGGGACAUGGAUCAGGCAGAUGACAGCAGUUUCUCAGUUCAGGAAGUUCAUGUGGAUUCCAAUCACCUCCCAUUGGUCAAAGGGGCGGAUGAGGAACAAGUGUUCCAGUUUUAUUGGCUGGAUGCUUAUGAAGAUCCAUACAACCAACCAGGUGUGGUAUUUCUGUUUGGCAAAGUUUGGAUUGAAUCAGCCAAAACUCAUGUGAGCUGCUGUGUUGUGGUAAAAAACAUUGAGAGAACGCUGUAUUUCCUUCCUCGUGAAAUGAAAGUGGAUCUAAACACGGAGAAAGAAACUGGAGCUUCAGUUACAAUGAAGGAUGUUUAUGAUGAAUUUGAUGAGAAAAUAGCAACAAAAUAUAAAAUCAUGAAAUUCAAAUCUAAGAUAGUAGAAAAGAAUUAUGCUUUUGAAGUACCCGAUGUUCCAGAAAAGUCUGAGUACUUAGAAGUCAGAUACUCGGCUGAAUUGCCACAGCUUCCUCAGGAUUUGAAAGGAGAAACUUUCUCUCAUGUAUUUGGGACCAAUACAUCCAGCUUAGAGCUAUUCUUGAUGAACAGAAAGAUCAAAGGACCUUGUUGGCUUGAAGUCAAAAAUCCACAACUCUUGAAUCAGCCAGUCAGUUGGUGCAAAGUUGAGGCAAUGACACUGAGACCAGACCUAGUGAAUGUAGUUAAAGAUGUCAGUCCUCCUCCGCUUGUAGUGAUGUCCUUCAGCAUGAAGAUUAUGCAGAAUGCAAAGAAUCAUCAAAAUGAGAUAAUUGCCGUGGCAGCUUUGGUGCAUCAUAGUUUUGCACUGGAUAAGGCUCCCCCACAGCCUCCUUUUCAGUCACACUUCUGUGUUGUGUCUAAACCAAAGGACUGUAUAUUUCCAUAUGCUUUUGAUGAAGUCAUUAAGGAAAAGAAUGUGAAGGUUGAGGUUGCUGCAACAGAAAGAACACUGCUAGGCUUUUUCCUUGCCAAAGUUCACAAGAUUGAUCCUGAUAUCAUCGUGGGUCAUAAUAUUUAUGGGUUUGAACUGGAAGUACUGCUGCAGAGAAUUAAUGUGUGCAAAGUUCCUUUGUGGUCCAAGAUAGGUCGACUGAAGCGAUCCAGCAUGCCAAAGCUUGGGGGCCGGAGUGGAUUUGCUGAAAGAAAUGCUACCUGUGGCCGAAUGAUCUGUGAUGUGGAAAUUUCAGCAAAGGAAUUGAUUCGUUGUAAAAGCUACCAUUUGUCUGAACUUGUUCAACAGAUUCUGAAAACUGAAAGAGUUGUAAUUCCAAUGGAAAAUGUACAAAAUAUGUAUAGUGAGCCUUCUCAUCUGUUGUACCUGUUGGAACACACUUGGAAAGAUGCCAAGUUCAUUUUGCAGAUCAUGUGUGAGCUAAAUGUUCUUCCAUUAGCAUUGCAGAUCACUAACAUCGCUGGGAACAUUAUGUCCAGGACACUGAUGGGUGGACGAUCUGAGCGUAAUGAGUUCUUGUUGCUUCACGCAUUUUAUGAAAACAACUAUAUUGUACCUGAUAAGCAGAUUUUCCGAAAGCCUCAACAAAAACUGGGAGAUGAAGAUGAAAUUGAUGGUGAAACCAAUAAAUACAAAAAAGGACGUAAGAAAGCAGCUUAUGCAGGAGGUUUGGUUCUGGACCCCAAAGUUGGCUUUUAUGAUAAGUUCGUGUUGCUUCUGGACUUCAACAGUCUAUAUCCUUCUAUUAUUCAGGAAUUUAACAUCUGUUUUACGACAGUGCAAAGAGUUGCUUCAGAGGCACAGAAAGUUACUGAGGAUGGAGAACAAGAACAGAUCCCUGAAUUGCCAGAUCCAAACUUAGAAAUGGGCAUUUUGCCCAGAGAGAUCCGGAAACUGGUAGAGCGGAGAAGACACGUCAAACAGUUAAUGAAACAGCCAGAUUUAAAUCCAGACCUUGUUCUUCAGUAUGACAUUCGACAGAAGGCUUUGAAGCUCACGGCGAACAGCAUGUAUGGUUGCCUGGGAUUUUCCUACAGCAGAUUUUAUGCCAAACCACUGGCUGCCUUGGUGACAUACAAAGGAAGGGAGAUUCUGAUGCAUACGAAAGAGAUGGUGCAGAAGAUGAAUCUUGAAGUUAUAUAUGGAGAUACAGAUUCUAUUAUGAUAAACACCAAUAGCACCAACUUGGAAGAAGUAUUUAAACUGGGAAACAAGAUAAAAACUGAAGUCAAUAAGUUGUACAAGCUGCUGGAAAUCGACAUUGAUGGUGUUUUCAAGUCCUUGCUGCUGCUGAAGAAAAAGAAAUAUGCCGCUUUGGUUGUUGAGUCGACAUCAGAUGGAAAUUAUGUCACCAAACAGGAGCUGAAAGGAUUAGAUAUAGUUAGGAGAGACUGGUGUGAUCUUGCUAAAGACACCGGAAAUUUUGUCAUUGGCCAAAUUCUCUCUGAUCAAAGCCGAGACACUAUAGUGGAAAACAUCCAGAAGAGAUUAAUAGAAAUUGGAGAAAGUGUCCUAAGUGGCAAUGUCCCAGUGAGCCAGUUUGAAAUCAACAAGGCAUUAACAAAGGAUCCCCAGGAUUAUCCGGAUAAGAAAAGCCUACCUCAUGUACAUGUUGCUCUCUGGAUAAAUUCUCAAGGUGGCAGGAAGGUGAAAGCUGGAGAUACUGUGUCCUAUGUCAUCUGUCAGGAUGGCUCCAACCUCACUGCUAGUCAGAGGGCCUAUGCUCCUGAGCAACUGCAGAAACUGAACAAUUUAAGCAUCGACACACAGUACUACCUGGCCCAGCAGGUGCACCCUGUUGUGGCCCGGAUCUGUGAGCCCAUAGAUGGAAUUGACGCUGUUCUGAUUGCCACCUGGUUAGGACUCGAUCCCACUCAAUUUAGAGUUUCUCAUUAUCAUAAAGAUGAAGAGAAUGAUGCUGUACUUGGUGGACCAGCACAGCUCACUGAUGAAGAGAAAUACAAGGACUGUGAAAAAUUCAAAUGUGCAUGCCCUGUUUGUGGAACUGAGAAUAUAUAUGAUAAUGUCUUUGAUGGUUCGGGAACCGAUGUGGAACCCAGUUUGUAUCGUUGCAGUAACAUCGAGUGUAAGGCUUCACCUCUGAACUUUGUGGUACAACUGAACAACAAGUUGGUCAUGGACAUUAGACGUUGCAUUAAAAAGUACUAUGAUGGCUGGUUGAUAUGUGAAGAGCCAAUGUGUCACGGUCGAACUCGGCACCUUCCCCUCCAGUUCUCCCGAAAUGGACCUCUCUGCCCAGCUUGCAUGAAAGCCACGCUCAGACCUGAGUAUUCUGACAAGUCCCUGUACACCCAGCUGUGCUUUUACCGGUACAUUUUUGAUGUGGACUGUGCACUGGAGAAACUUAUUACCGAUCAUGAGAAAGACAAAUUGCAGAAGCAGUAUCUUACCCACAAAGUUCGUCAGGACUACAAAAAGCUCAAGAACACAGCAGAGCAAUUCUUGUCACGAAGCGGCUACUCGGAAGUGAACCUCAGGAAGCUGUUCGCGGACUGCGCCGUGAAAUGCUGAGGGAGCCCGCCUGGCCCGGGCCCCAUGGCUGAGACAUCCGGUGUCCGCCACACCUGUGCACCGGCUCCGCCGGCAUCACCUUUCCCCUGUGGCACUGCAUUGCACGUUCUGCUGCGUAGGGACUGGGAGGGGAGAUCAUAAGAACAUUUAGCCUGUAAAUGGAAACACAACCCAGAGCGAGCAUGCAGCUGCAGUCCUGGUAUUUGGGCAGGGGGUGGGAAGGUUGGGGGUUGGGGUCUGCGUUUCCGGGGUGCUACUUUGCUGGCCAGCGACUGUGAUGUAAGUGACCCCAAGGUUUGCCCUAGUGCCUUUAGCAGAGCCACCCAGCAGAAGCAGCCAGUCCUGGAGGGUGGCUAGAGAGCUAACAUUUUGCCUUUUCACACACCAAUUAAAAGCCCCGUCUAAAUCCGAAUGCCUCCCCAGCGGCUCCUCUGAGCUGCACUGGCGGUCCUUUUAUAUAGGUAGCCAAGGAGGAUGUGGAGAAGCCUUGCACUAACUAGAUUAAACAGAGCAGGCUUGCUUAUUGAAUUGCCCCAGCGUCCCCCACACAAACUGAGCAGGUGUUUUAUACUCACACAUUCCUUUUUUCUCUUAAAUGAAAAGUUCAGGUAAAGGUCUGUUCUACAGGAAAGCACAUUGAAAAUAAUUUCAUGUCCUAACGUUUCCUUAAGACGGCUGGAGGUUAUGCACAGGAGCACUGUGUUGCCGUCUGAGAACGUGGCAGGAUGGGGUUCUCGGCCCUGGGGCCUGCUCCGUCUCCCUCUUGUCCAGUGGCAUCAUCUUUGUCAGCAGCAACGUGAAUCUCAAUAUGGCAGCCUUUCCUUUGACACAUUCUUGGUAAAAUGAUAACUAACAAAAUACAUUUCUCCUUGUACAACUAUGCUAUGGUUUUUUUUAAAAAAGUCUACCUGUGUUUUUAUAAGAGAAAAGAAUAUGUUCUGCUUUUUACUUAAGAAUAAAGUGUUCUCAAGGGAAACGGCUGGCAGUGACUCCUUAUCAGGUGCAAGGAGUUGACUGGAGGGCAGCAAGGAGUAC